AUGCUCAAGUCUGCGCUGGGCGCCGGGCUGCUCAGCUUCCCCUGGGCAUUCAGCAAGGCUGGGGGUGCCAUGCCUGCCAUCCUGGUGGAGCUGCUACAACUUGUAGCUAAGCUAAAGCACUAUUUUGUUGUUGAUCCCCUGCGGGCCGGGUGCUCCCGCUGUGUCCCGCAGGGCUCGCUGGUGUUCCUGGUGAGUGGGCUGGUGGUGCUGGGCUACGCGGCGGCGCUCAGCGCCCAGCCCACCUACCAAGGCGUGGUGCGGGCGGUGUGCGGCCCGGUGGCGGGGAGACUCUGCGAGCUCUGCUUCCUCCUCAACCUCUUCAUGAUCGCUGUGGCCCUGCUGCGGGUGGUGGGCGACCAGCUGGAGAAAUUGUGCGACUCGCUGUACCCGCCCGGCGCACUGAGCGACAGCGCCCCCUGGUACGUGGAUCAGCGCUUCACCCUCCCGGCGCUCUGCGGCCUGGUCAUCUUCCCACUGUCUGUGCCCAGGGAGAUCGGCUUCCAGAAGUACUCCAGCAUCCUGGGCACGCUGGCCGCCUGCUACCUCACGCUGGUCAUUGUCCUCAAGUACCACCUGCAGGGUGGGAGUCUGGGACUCCCGCAGGCCGCCCGGUCCCCCAGGGCCUCCUCCUGGGCCUCCAUGUUCAGUGUCAUCCCCACCAUCUGCUUCGGGUUCCAGUGCCAUGAGGCUUGUGUGGCCAUCUACAGCAGCAUGCGCAACCAGAGCUUCUCCCACUGGGUGGCUGUCUCCGUGCUCUCCAUGCUCAUCUGCCUCCUCAUCUACUCCCUCACCGGGCUCUAUGGCUACCUGACCUUCGGUGAGGAUGUAGCCCCUGACAUCUUGAUGUCCUACCCUGGGAACGACCCUGUUGUCAUUGUUGCCCGCCUGCUCUUUGGCAUCUCCAUCAUCACCAUCUACCCCAUUGUGGUGCUGCUGGGACGGUCGGUGGUGCAGGACUUGUGGGCACACCCCAAGCUCCGGGCCAUGCUAGUGUCUGAGGGGCACGAGCGGCAGAGCCGGGUGGCACUGACCAUCUCAUGGAUGGCCGCCACGCUUGCCAUUGCCUUGUUUGUCCCUGACAUCGGCAAGGUCAUCGAGCUCAUCGGCGGCAUCAGCGCUUUUUUCAUCUUCAUCUUCCCAGGCAGGCAAGGGGAGGGGGAGGGAUGGGGGGCUGCGGGGCCCUUUUGGCCAUGUUCUUGAGGGCUCUGUACCCACGAAGUUGGAGCUGAGCUCCUGUGCUGGUGGCAGGGCUGUGCCUGGUGUGCAUGACGGGGACACAAGCCAUUGGGGAGCCCAAAAAGUGAGUGCAGGCUUGGGGGUGGGACAGGGCACAGGGUCCCCCUGGUUGAUGGUUGAGGCAUGGGGUCCCCAUGGGAAUAUGCGCGAUGGGGUCGGAACCCCAUGGGGAGGGAGGGUAGGGGAUUUGGGUCAGCACUUAAUGUGGAACUGUGGCUGUGGUGGAUUGGAGGUGCUGGUGUGGGGGCAUCGCCCAAGUAUAGGGCAUUGGGGGUGUGCUCAGGCAUGAGGGAUGUGCAUGGGCUUUGGGGAUGUGCCUGGGUGUCAGGGAUGCCAGCGUACCAGGGAUAUGCCCAGGCCUUGGAGAGGUGCCCACACAGUGGAGGUGUGCUCAGGCAUCAGGGCUGCAUCCAGGCAUCAGAGAUGUGUCUGGAUACCAAAAAUGUGUCUGGGUACCAGGGACUUGCCCACACACUGGGGAGGUGCCUGGUUAUCAGGGAUGUGUCCAUACAUCAGGGAUGUGUCAAGGUUUUGGGGAUGUGCCCAGGUUAUGAGGGGAUGUCCCAUGUACCAGGGAUGUGCCUGCAUGGGUGACUGGAAGGGAAGGAGGGCCCAUGGGGCUGGGACCCCACAGCCCUGGGGUUUGGGCUGGAGAUGCUGGGGGGCGGAAGGGCUUCGUGCUUAGUGAAGGGUUGCCCUUGGGUGCUCGCUGGGCACUGCAUCCCCACUGCUGUGCCUGGGUAGUGUCUGGGGCCGUUUGGGGAGGUGACUCCCCCCCCCGUUCUUUGCUCCUCUCCCACCUGGCGCUGGUGACCCCAUGAUGGAGGGAGCAGCAGCACAGCCUGGGGGGGCUGGAGCAGCACGGGACCCUGCGGAAACCUACAGCUGAAGCAGGGGCUGUGUCCCACCGCCCUUGUAUCCCUGCAGGGCUGUGCUCAUCACCUGGGGUGUCUUCUCAGUGCUGGGGGGCACCUUCGUGUGCGGGCAGAGUGCUGCUCUGGCCGUGAUGGGGCUGUUGCGUUGAGAGGAUGUCUACCCCCGCGUCCUCCCACGUCCCCCACCGCCCAGACACAGCCACACUGCAGCUGUCUUCCAUCACGGUUUAUUCAGUAUCAUCAAUUCUGUUGUUCUAUUGUUAAUAAACGCUUGGGUAGAGGGGGGGGACACCUUGUGAGGCCCUCUCAUCCCCCCAUGGGGCUGGGCAGGAUGGGAUAGGGUGUGCACAGACAGACAGACAGACUGGCACACAUGGACUUACAGACCCUGGGGCUGGGGGAGCAGCCAUCCCUGGGCCUGUGAGGCACCCGGUGCCACCCCACUGGGGCCCCAUGUCCCCCACAGCUCUCCACCCCUCCUCCCUCCCCUGUGCUGGGUCUACCCAUCAGAGACCCCCAUACCUACCUCCUGCACACCGAGGGGUCUGCUCCCACCAUAUCCACCUCAUCACC